UAAACGGAAGCGGAAAUUUCCGCUUGGCUAUGGAAAAGCCUCUCAUCUUCUCUCUCGUCCAUUCUCCCCAAAGCAUUUGUUCUCAUAUUUGUGGUGUACAGGCCAUAAGUCACCAUAGGGAGAGAGAGGCACAUGGACUGAAGUGCUUGUUUGCCACUGGAAAUUCUGCCUACAGCCAUUCCUACAUCCUUUAUUUAGCAGGGAAAAGUGCCUGACAAAACCACCAUCAUGACUCAUUCAAUGCUUCGGCGACAACUGAAGAACCUUGUUCAGAACUUCUCUGAAGCAGAAGUCAAGGUUCGAGAAGCGACCUCUAAUGACCCCUGGGGGCCAUCUAGCUCCCAAAUGGCCGACAUCUCAGAUUUGACCUACAAUGUGGUGGCAUGUAACGAGAUUUUAGCCAUGCUCUGGAAGCGCCUCAACGAUGACAAAAAUUGGAGGCAUGUGUACAAGGCUUUAACUCUUCUUGAAUAUCUGUUGAAAACGGGCUCUGACCGCAUCCCUCAGCAGAGUGUGGAGAACAUACACGUUAUCAAAGCCCUAACAGAAUACCGCUUCACUGACAAGGAUGGAAAGGACCAGGGGGUGAAUGUGAGAGAAAAGGCGAAGAUAGUGCUCGUGCUGAUCGAAGAUGAGGACAAGCGGAAAGAAGAGAGAGAUUUUGCUAUGAAGACGAAAGAUAAGCUGACAAAGGCUCCCAAUGUCUCAGCGUCCUCAGCUACAGGCCCAGAGAAGGAAAAGCCAGAGAUUCCACCGUAUACAGGGCUGCCUUCCCUGGACAACAUCCCUUCAGUGGCUGACCUCACCGCCGCUAUGGCGAGGAAGAAGGAGGAGCAGAAACGUCUGGAGGCCGAGAGGAAGGAGGCAGAGAGACGGGCGAAAGAGGGUGACACAGAGCCAGAUCUUUGGGAACAAGCAUCAACAGCAGCACCUCCAUUCAACUCUGAUCCCUGGGGAGCCCCAUCUGAUGCAUCUAAUGAAUCUGCACCUGCUAGUAAUGACCCAUGGGGUGGAUCUGCUGAUGGGGAAAGUGACUCUCCACCUGCUUCUGGUGAUCCAUGGGGAGGAUCUGCUAAUGCUGAAAAAGUUUCUUCACCUGCCUCCAAAGAUCCUUGGGGUGGAUCUACUAACGCAGAGAAAAAUUCUCAACCUGCCGCCAAUGAUCCAUGGGGCGACUCUUCGGGAAUUUCAGAAAAUCCAUGGGGGGCUCCAACAGAUGCACAGAAAGACUCUGAGCCUGCAAAGUCUGAUCCCUGGGGGUCAUCAGCAGAUAAUGUACAGGAUUCAGCACCUGGAACCUCUGACCCCUGGGGGGAGCCGUUGGAAGCAACAUCAGUCAAGUCUGACCCAUCUACCAAUCCAUUUGGUGAUAGUUCAAAAGCAGAUAAUGACCCUUGGGGUACAGCAGAUUGGAAAGUAACUGGAUCAAACAGCAGGCCAGCUUCUUCUCCGCUCACUGUAAAUGACCCCUGGGGUGCCCCAUCUGCUCCAACUGAUGCGAUGACAGCCAGUUACGCUUUUGAAGAUGUACGAAGUUCAGAUCCAUGGGGAGCGACUUCUGAGAACAGCAACGGAACAGGUGACACUGCCACUAAACCUGUUGAUGAGACCAAAAAGCCAGCGUCCUUCCUUGGUGAAGGUGCUUCAUUGGUGGACUUUGACUCUCUUAUGUCAGUCAAGCCCAAACUUAAACAGCCCCCUCUCAACGCCAUCUCCGCCUCUACACAAAAAGCCCAGGGCUGUUUGCUCGCUACAGGCAUGACCAGGCCAUUGAGCAGCAACAUGUCCAAUGUGGCCAGUUCUACUACAUUCCCGACAAAUCAGAAUUAUUUUGGUUUUAACUCUAUGAUGCCUGGUUCCAGUGCCCCCCUAAAUAUGGCCCCCGGGGUACCUGUUUCCCACAUGGUGUCUCCAACCCAGAAUACAAACCUUUCAUCUUUGACAAUGCCCAACAUUGGUUUUCCCAUGGUAAACUUGCACAAUGCACCAAAAAUGGUACAACCUAACACUGCGGAGACUUCUGUUGGUGAGCUAUCGCCUGUGUCAUUCACCGGAGUGGUUACCCCACGAGCUGGAGUUCCACAGCAAUCUCCACUAGUUUGGGGUCCUGGAACUGGGACAUCUGGCAAGGGAAAUAACAUUUUUUAAGUUCUCCAAACAUCAUCCAUUCAUCGCGACACUUCCUUUGUCCCCUCCCCCUUUAUUAAUCCCAAUUUAUUGUGUGUAUGUGUGUAUAAGUGUGAGCAACCCUUUAAAUAUCAGUGCACAUUGAUAAACUGUACGUUUUUUCCAUUCUGGGGAGAAAAGCAUGCGUAUCCCGGCCUUUCCAACUAGAUGGACUGAGAGAAUGAAGCGGGUGUUUUGUUUAAUAGCUCUUUAUCCAGUAUGUUGUAGAAUCCAUCAAGGUCCUGUAUGUUGGAGUUUUUUAAGAAAGCUUACCAAAAACCUGGGAUUUCUACUGAAAUAAUUUGCCAGCCAGUGAGCAGAUUUGUGAAAGUCUUGAAAAGCGUUGCUUGGAUAACUGAUAAUUGCUGGAUAAACAUUAAGCUUGCUCGAAGAGUGGAAAAUCUCAUGUUUAUCCUGAAAGGUAUUCAGCUAACCAAGUAAUCCACAUCUAAAGAUGGGAUCAGUGCUUAAACAAAUUACGUGAAAUAAAUCCUGCUGUUGGGACCAGAAGUUUCUUCUCUUUUAAUAACCGCUGGGACCAAGUUGCUUAUACAAAUCAAAUCAAAUCAAAAUCACUUUUAUUGUCACACAACCAUAUACACAAGUGCAAUAGUGUGUGCAAUCAUUGGGGUCAUUAUACAUGAUGUCGGAUAGGCCACUCAAGACUGGCACACAAAUUUUUACUAUCGGGGGAUAUGUGCAUCAUGUCAGAGCCCACUGUCUAUCAAACAUAUUUUAUUGGAUUGUAAUAUUUCUACUCCUGUGAGAAAACUCUUUUAUUCCGUUGACACCCUUGAAAAGGUUUUUAACAAAAUUAGUCCAAAUUUAGUUUGAGUUUUUAGAAAGAAUUAGUCUUAAACAUCUUAUUUAGUUUUACUUUUAUUAUUUUAACCUGGUUUUCGACAUGAAAUAACCAUCAAAGCUGGUGUGGCAUCAAGAAACAAACAAGCAAAUUGAUGUAUUUAUUUUACAUUUUGAGUAUGAUUUGGUUUGAAACCGAUCAUUAUUGUAGUUGAUAUCCAAACAAAUCCAAAAGGCAACACUAUAGUCACUCUUAAGUGACGAUCAUGCACAAUGUUUUUGUUGCUUGUUUGGAAAUGUUGAUCUUUUAUUCAAUUUCAUGGUAUUUAAUGGUGAGUAAUAGCAUCAGAGGUUUGUGGUAAAUUAUAAAACCUCUAAAUUAAUGGACAAUAUUUUUUUUAUUCUUUCUAUAAGAUGAUUUAUUAAGAUGUACUGUAUCUUUUAUAUCACCUUUUGCUGUCUGAUAACUGUUGCAAAUGUAUGUAUUUAUUUAUUUAUUUAUUUAUUUGUCCUAAUUGUAUUUAUUCUGUCUUUUAUUUGAAGGAAGAAAUUGAUGGAACAUGUGCAAAAGUAAAAAAAAAAUAAUACUUUCUAUUCUUUAUUUGGAUGAAACAUUCUACACGUCUUCAUUCAUACAAUAUUGGUUUUAUUUUCAUAUUCGCUGUUACUGUAAUUAUAGGUUCAGUUACGGUUUUAUUUUGUAUUACAAAUUCAUAUAUAUUUAUUCUACAAGUUAUGGUAAAGCUGUGGUGUUACCUGUGAAAGUGACAAUUUAAGAAUAAAGUGACAAGAUAAUGAAAAAA